GCCGCCGUUCGUCGCCGCCGCUCGUCGCCGCCGCCACUUGUCCAGGAGGGUACCCAGGCGACCCGCGUCGCCACUCGCCCAGGAAGUGUUGCUGCUCGUCCAGGAGGGUUGCCGCCCGCCCAUCCGGCCUCCCGCUUCCCGCCUCCGCACGUUUUUGGCCUGGGGUGUCAGCAAACCGUUGAUCGCGCCGAUGGAGUCCGACGGCGAGCAGGAGGCGGCGGCCACGCCGACGCUGGGAGCCUCCGCGGGGGCGCCGUCGGCAGGACGGCUGAAGGGCUGCCCGGAGCUCUCGCUGGAGGGCGACAUGCGAGAGAUGGCCAAGACGGCCGUCUGGAGCGUCAGCUCCAGCAAGCCCGGCAAUGGCGUUGCCUCCCUACGCGAUCACAGCCUCGACACCUACUGGCAGUCGGACGGUGCGCAACCGCACCUGGUCAACAUCCAGUUCCAGAAGAAGGUGCAGCUGCAGCUUGUUGUGCUGUACGUGGAUUUUAAGCUGGACGAGAGCUACACGCCGAGCAAGAUCUCCAUCCGGGCCGGCGACGGCUUGCACAAUCUCAAGGAAAUUAAAACGGUGGAACUUUCAAAGCCAGUAGGAUGGGUUCAUAUAUCAUUAUCUGGCACUGAUCCCCGAGAAACAUUCAUUCAUGCAUUUAUGCUCCAAAUCGCGGUGUUGGCCAAUCACCUGAAUGGGAGGGACACUCAUGUCCGACAGAUUAAGAUAUACGGGCCAAGACUGAACCCCGUUCCUCACCAGCAUUUCCACUUCAUUUCCAGGGAAUGCAUAAUGUACUCUAGCGUCAGGUGAGAUUCCCCGAACCCUCGCCGCCUCACUGGGGAGGGAUCAUCCUCGGUCAAGGUGACCUUGAUUGUGGCCUGCACGCUUCAGUACGAACGCCGACAUGAAUUAAGUAGCCGCUGAAGUAUUCAGCCUAUGUUAGUGUGGAUCGAGUUGCCGCUGAAGCAUCAUCAGGGUGUCUGUCUGAAAAUCUACCAUGUAGUUGAUCUUGUAUUCCAUUCCAUCUACCAUCUAUUAUUGGUACAUCCUUUUCAUCCAUGUAACAUACUUCAUUCCCUUAUAUAAGGCCACUGUCUUUCGUGUCAAACUUUGAUUUAUAAUUUUGGUCAACAAAAUAUGAAUUAUA